AUGUGCUCCUUAAAGCAGUCAGUGGUGGUUCCUCCCUGGCUCCUUCCUUCCCUCAAAUCUCCCCCCUCUUCGUUUCUCUCCCCCACCCCCUCCCCCACUUCCCGUUCCUCCCCUCCCUCUUCCCACCGCUCCCUCCCAUUCUUCCCGCCCCUCCCCCCUCCUGGCACGACUUCCGCGGCAGAGGUGUCGCGAAUGGCGGGGCGGCAGGCGCGCACGACGAACGUGGUGAUGGGCGGCACGGCAACAGAGUAUGGCGACGACUGGCUCGAGCUCGACAAGAAGGUGAACACGUACCCCAGUCUGCGUGACUUCACAGCCAUCGGGUCGGGAGGAGAGGACUUUGCCGUGGCAAUGGUGCUGGCUGUGCAGUCCGUCCUUCCCAAAGAUGUUCCCGAGCUUCAAGUGGUAACCAGGGAGAGUGCCACGGGUCGUUACAUCAGUGUUAAGAUUGGACCUGUUAGAAUGGACUCUAGUGAACAGGUGAGAUUUGAAGGGCUGAAGGGAUGA